UUCACAGAUAGGAUCACCUUACUCUUAUUUGGGGGUUUCACAAAGUACCAGUCCUGAUGUUCUAGUGUCUACCAGUGUUUUUGAGGCGGCCCCAAAUCUUCACUUAUUACUUGGAGGGCACUUACACCAAAGGACACGCACGCACGCACAGUCGUCCUCCAGAGGUGCAGCAGCAGCCCGCACACCACCACACUGUUUCUAUGUAUGUGCCCCGGCACAGUGCAGACAGAGGUUGUAAACAUGGCGGCGGACGGGAUGGUGCUUACCAACCACGACCAUCAGACCCGAGUGGGGAUUCUGACGGUCAGUGACAGCUGUUUCAAUAACUUGGCUGAGGACAGGAGUGGAGUCAACCUGAAAGACCUGGUCCAUGAUCCCUCACUGCUGGGAGGAGUCAUAGCAGCCUACAAGAUUGUUCCAGAUGAGAUCGAUGAAAUCAAGGACACUCUUUUGGAGUGGUGCGAUGAACAGCAGCUGAAUCUCAUUCUCACUACUGGAGGAACUGGCUUUGCACCACGAGAUGUUACACCUGAGGCCACCAGAGAGGUGAUAGAGCGAGAGGCUCCGGGUAUGGCUCUCGCCAUGCUGAUGGGAUCACUCAACGUUACACCGCUAGGCAUGCUGUCCAGGCCAGUGUGUGGUAUCCGUGGUAAAACUCUGAUCAUCAACCUGCCAGGGAGCAAGAAGGGCUCUCAGGAGUGUUUUCAGUUCAUCCUGCCCGCUCUGCCCCACGCCAUUGACCUGCUGCGUGAAGCCGCGGUCAGGGUUAAAUCCACACAUGCCGCCCUGGAGCAGCUGCCCUCCCCUUCCCCUCUGCUGGCCAACACGCACAUCGACACAAACGCCAACAUGCACACCAUGGAGCGCGGCACCCAGUGCGAUGAAGAGGAGGACGAGGAGGACGAGGAGGACCGGAGGAGAGUUCGACAUGCGCACAACCACCACCACCACCACCAUCACCAGCAUGGUACCUCCCACAUCACCGCAGCUGCUAUCGCUGCCAAGACGAGCCAUGCUGUGGUCAUGGCUAAGGGGGGUCCCUACUUUGCCGCCAACACACCUGACCCGCCCACUCAUUUCACCUGCUCCUGUACUCAUGACCAGCAGAUCCCGGACUCUAUCAUUUCCCGAGGCGUUCAGGUGCUUCCUCGAGAUUCAGCCUCUUUAAGCUCCACCCCUUCCGAGUCACCACGAGCCACACAGGCGACCUCCCGUCUUUCCACCGCCUCAUGCCCGACACCCAAGGUUCAGUCACGAUGUGGCAGUAAUGAGAACAUUCUGAGAGCCAGCCACAGUGCGGUGGACAUCAGUAAAGUGGCACGUCGUCAUCGCAUGUCUCCGUUCCCAUUGACUUCAAUGGACAAAGCCUUCAUCACUGUUCUAGAGAUGACACCUAUUCUGGGAAUUGAAGUCAUUAACUAUAGAGAUGGUUUCGGUCGAGUGCUCGCUCAGGACAUCUAUGCCAAAGACAACCUUCCUCCGUUCCCUGCUUCCGUUAAAGAUGGCUACGCUGUACGAGCUGCUGACGGCCCGGGAGAUCGCUUCAUCAUGGGAGAAUCACAGGCCGGACAACAGCCCACUCACACAGUGAUGCCAGGUCAGGUGAUGAGGGUGACGACCGGGGCUCCGAUUCCUUGUGGAGCCGACGCUGUGGUCCAGAUAGAAGAUACAGAACUUCUGAGGGAGUCUGAGGAUGGCACAGAGGAGCUGGAGGUGAGGAUCAUGGUCCAGGCCCGGCCCGGACAGGACAUCAGGCCAAUAGGCCAUGACAUCAGGCGAGGGGAGUGUGUGUUGGCUAAAGGAACACAUAUGGGCCCGUCAGAGAUCGGCCUGCUGGCUACAGUGGGAGUGACUGAGGUCAGCGUGCACAAGUUCCCUGUGGUGGCUGUCAUGUCCACUGGAAACGAGCUGUUGAAUCCAGAGGAUGACCUCCACCCAGGGAAAAUACGAGACUCCAACCGCUCCACCCUGCUGUCCACCAUCCAGGAACAUGGAUAUCCCACCAUCAACCUGGGCAUCGUUGGAGACAACCCUGAUGACUUGCUGUCAGCGCUCCACGAGGGAAUCAGUCGUGCCGACGUCAUCAUCACUUCGGGGGGUGUGUCCAUGGGAGAGAAGGACUACCUAAAGCAGGUGCUGGAUAUUGACCUUCAUGCUCAGAUCCACUUUGGACGAGUCUUUAUGAAGCCAGGUCUUCCUACUACAUUUGCCACAGUUGACAUUGAUGGAAUACGGAAACUCAUCUUUGCUCUGCCAGGUAACCCAGUGUCUGCAGUGGUGACAUGUAACCUGUUUGUGAUUCCUGCUCUGAGGAAGAUGCAAGGCAUUCUGGACCCUAGACCUACAAUUAUUAAAGCUAGGCUUUCCUGUGACGUGAAGCUGGAUCCCAGGCCAGAGUACCACCGCUGUAUUCUCACCUGGCAUCACCAGGAGCCACUGCCCUGGGCACAAAGCACAGGCAACCAGGUAUCCAGCAGGCUAAUGUCAAUGCGUAGCGCUAACGGCCUGCUGAUGUUACCUCCCAAAACGGAGCAGUACGUGGAACUGCAUAAGGGAGAGGUCGUGGACGUCAUGGUCAUCGGACGGCUAUGAUGCAGACUUCAGUGUCACUCGCUACCGAUUACCGUGGCAGUGCCAGGACUUCCUGUCUGGACAGGAAACGAGCGGGGGCAGGAAGUGAUGCAUGUCUACCUGGUCGCCAUUAGCUGUGAUGUCAUAUGCAACAGCCAAUCGGAGCCAGCGGAGGCUGAAACCUCAUUGGUCUGCUCUGAGGAGAUCACUGUAUUUCAAUGGAGAAAAAAUGUGAAAAAAAAUAUAAAAUAUGAGAUUUAUUCUGUAAUAAUAUUAUUAUUAUUAUUAUUAUCCUGAUGAUAAUGAUUAUUAAUAUUCUAUUUAUUAUUAUUAUUAUUACCAUGGUUCUGAUUGAAUAUUAUCAUCUUAGUAGUACUCAUGCCCUCUUCUCUCCUGUUCAUUUGCUUUGUGCGUUUGAUAUUCUUCCCUGGUAGAUAUAGAGACCUUCCUCCAAUCCUCCUGAUCUCUUUUUUUCCUUUUCUCUCCCUCUUCUUUCUCUCUUCUUCUUUUCUGCUCUGGCAUCCUCUACCCAGAUAUAGAAACUCCUUGAUAACCUUUCCCUGCAGUAUCCCUACAUCUCCCCCUUGAACACAGAAAUAUGAACUAUAUGCUUAUAAAGACAUCUUUUGAUUAAAGCUGCUGAUAUAGUUUGUGCCAGUACAGUAUAUAACUUUUUAUUUUUUGCCAAAAAAAGAGGAAAACAUACAAGGAUACUUGUUAAAUUUUGUUUUCCAGCUAUAAUAUUUUUUAUCCAUACUGAUACACUAAAAUUCAUGACUCAGUAAAAGCCAUGCAAAUCUUUUAGGUGGUUCAGUGGUUAGGCAGGACUCAUUUCACCACACUGGAAUGAUUUCUGUGGUCUGACAUCAGAUAUAAACACAUAUGUCAUCAUAAAAUACAUAAUGUCUUCUAUGAUCUGAUUCUUAUAUCACAGAUGGGCCACGGAGACCAUAUCAGUAUGACCUUAACCCUGCACUCAGUUUAUAGUUUACAUCGUGAAACUACAGUGCGAAAUUUGAAACUGAUAAAUGUAUUUGCAUUUUUACAACUAUUAGAGGAUAUCAUGGUGACAUUGUUUUUCUUAUUAUCAAGAAAUCCCAUAAAAUGGCCGAUACCAACUAACACUAAUUGUCAUUUUUAUGCUUAGAUUUUGUAACAAAUUAAACAAACUAUAUUUAGACAAAUAUGUCUACAUUUAGACAUUAAAGUAUAUUUAAAGCCAGGCAAACUUCGUCUUUAUGCAGGCUUUAGCUUCAUAUUUAGUAUACAAACAUGAGUGGUAGAGAGAGCUUCAUAUUGAUAAAUCGUUUUGUCUAACUUUGGUAAGCGGAUUUGCCAAAACGUCAAACAAUUCCUUUAAAGCAAGGUCAGAUUAUCUCCAAUUUAUCAAAGAAAAAUCUCCGUGAUUUCCUAAUGCAGCUGGGAACUGUAGUUUUUUAGCAAACAUUGCAUUGUGUUUGUUGGGGACUAUUUUAAGCCACGGAUUAUUAUACAUAUGCUGCUCCUCUGUAUUUGGAGCAGACGGUGUAUGUGGGAUUGAGACAAAAAAAUAUAUAUAUAUACAAUGCAACGGUGUGGAUCAUUUGUUUUAAUAGUUUUUGGACAAAAUUGUAGCUCUAUGGCACAGAGGAAUAAGUUCUACUUUAUUAGGCUUUGAUACACACACUAUACGUAGGAGGAAUUUAUUGUUGGUUUCGGUCUUUUCAUGUGGUUUGUUGACAGAAAAAUGUAGAAUAUGAUCAGAUCCUUUAAAGGACCAGUGUGUAGGAUUUAGGGGGCUCUGUUGGCUGAAAUGGAAUAUAAUAUUCAUAAGUUUAUAAUUACCCGACACUACCAAUUGUUGUGUUUUCCAUUCAUAUCUACAUAGUUCCUCUUCAACAGACACCGCCAAGUUGCACCGCCAUGUUUCUACAGUAGCUCGGACUGGACAAACCAAACACUGGCUCUCAAAGGGCUUUUUGUGUUUUUUACGUUACCCGACAGCCACCGUAGCUUCUACUACACACUUGGAAAGGGAGGGGUGAGCGGGUAUUCAGUGGUUGCUAUCUGCAGCCUCGCUGCUAGAUGCCACUAAAUCAUACACACUGCUCCUUUAAGUAGCCAAAGAUGAAUUACUAUACCUAGUUGACAACUUGUCUCAAAGGCUGGCGGCCAAUCAGCCGCCUCCCAUCUUUGUUUUUCUUUUUUUUUUAAAACCACACGAACAUGGACGAGAGCUGCUUUGAAUGAGUUGUGACAUACUGUUUUCCCAACUCAGAGAAAACUCCAACCCGACAUCACUUGAAAGCAGGGUGUCGCGUUCAGGUGCUCGUAAACUACACAGCUGGUGUAUUUCUACCAUGACAGUGUUAAGGUGCUUGUUAAAAGUCAAAAGAAUCAACGCAGUUCCAGGCUGUAAAAUAAACUACGUCAUUUGACUGCUUUUU